AUGGGUUGUGAUGGAGGUACGAUUCCCCGUCGAGAUGAAUUGGUGCGUCUUAAAAAAAAGCCAGAACAGAAAGAUAAAAAUGCAGAGUUAGCUUUCAAAUGGAAACAUUGUACAAUAAAACAAUUACCAUUGCAAUCUCCAAUUGUGAGUUGCAGUCUUGGUAAAUUAUACAGCAAAGAAGCUGUCAUUGAAGGAUUGUUGGAUCGAUCAAUUCUUCCAGAAUCAGCAGUUCAUAUAAAAACAUUAAAAGACGUCAAAAGAUUAGAAAUGAAUGGAAAGUAUAAAUUCUGUUUCCUUUGGACUUGUGGAUGUGUCAUGAGUGAACGAGCACUUAAGCAAGUUAAAACAACAAAAAACAAAAAUAAAAGCAACAAAAAAUCUAGCAAGAAACGUGCUAAUGCUGACAGUCAACAAGUUGAAGAGGAAAAAGAUCAGCUUGAUGAUGUCAUGAAAGCAAAUAAAACUCUAAAUGAUUCGAAACCUAGUUCAAAAAAAAUUAAAACUGAAGGAGUGAUGAAUGAUAGUACUAGUUGUUCAAGUAUUGGAAGUACUUCAAAAAAUAUUGAACCUCAGGAUCCAGCGUUUAAGAAAAUCAAAGAUAAUUAUAGUGUUGCUAAAGAUCCAAAUGCUUCAGAAGUAUUGAAAAGUAUUUUUACCAGUCAUAAAUCUGCUAAAGAACAAACAAAAGCUCAUUGGGUUACAUAUAAUCCAUUUUACAAUUGA